CUGUAGGACAAAAAAAAAGGCUAAAAUCCUCGCAGUGAGUUUACAGUUAAAGCRAACAUGGGGCUGCCAGAGCCUCAGUGUUGAGCAGCAAUGAAAGGAAGCAGUCAUGAGCAGAUGAGAAGAUAAAUGGGCGGAGCUAAGCGGAUGAGGUCUCCAAAGAGACCGCUGGGAGGGGAGAUGAUGAAGGGCAGAGAGGUUUGAGGAGGAGAGGCUGAAGCUCGGAGGGUAACUCCCUCAUCCCUCUGGACCGGGUUCAGUCGGAGCGAGCAGCGAGGAGGAGGAGGAACACCUCACAGCUGGACACAGGAAGUGCUUUACUUUGGAUUAAUUGGGACGUUUUGGAGCCGCGGAGCUCCUGCAGGUUUCUUCAUCUCCUGCUGGCACGAGGAUAAAACCCACCUGCUCAUCACAGAAAUUGCUCCUCGUCCUCCAAGUUUUUGACUUCAAAGCCCAAAGCAAUCUUCCAAAGAGUCGUUGUUUGUUUGCACUCAAAACACACGAGGAAAAGCUUGUAAUUAUGUUCUCACUCUCCUCAUCUGAUCCUGCCUGAGCCCGGAGCUGGAGGAGAGAGGAGGCUCUGAGAUUACAGAAGGUGGAAGAGGAGGAGUAAACAGAGCUGGCUCUGGUCUAAACACCUCAGGCAUAAAUCAGGCCUGUGUUUGUCCGCGCUGACUGGGCUGGAGACGGGUCGAGCAGCAGAACCAGAGGAACCUGGUGGCCUCAGGAGUCUCCUUUAGGAUGCAGAGCGGAGCCACCUCCACCCUGCUGCUCCUCCUGCUCUGCGCCUCGCUGUGGAGCCAGCAGGCCGAGGCCGUGGUCCACUCCAGCUUCCGGCGCCUGAGCGGCCGCGAGAAGAAGGAGAUGCAGAAGGAGAUCCUGAACCUGCUGGGUCUGCCGGGCCGGCCCAGACCCCACCCGCCUCUGCGGCCCCCGUCCUCGGCGCCGCUCUUCAUGCUGGACCUGUACCACGCCAUGUCGGCCGACGACGACAACGAGGUAGACGGGCUGGGGCCGGGCGGCGCCGGCAGGUUCGGGGCGGCGACGCAGGUCAGCUACGCGGCGCUGCCCACCCUCAGCACGCACACACCACCGCUGGGGGCUGUGGUGAGCGAGGCUGACACCGUGAUGAGCUUCGUCAACCUGGUGGAGCAGGAGCGAGACCUCCUGCAGCCUCGCCCGUACUGGAAAGAGUUCCGUUUCGACCUCACCCCACUCCCUAAGGGCGAGACGGUGACGGCGGCCGAGUUUCGGAUCUACAAGACCCUGACUGUGGGCCAGAGGGUGAACCGGACCCUGCACAUCUCCGUGUACCAGAUCAAACGGGAGAACAGGAACAGAGAGGCGGAGCUGGUCCUGCUGGACAUGCAGUCGGUUCCUGCAGGACAGGAGGGCUGGCUGGCCUUCGACGUCACCUCGGCCUCCAACCACUGGCUGCUGCACCCCCGCAGCAACCUGGGCAUCCGCCUCUACGUGGAGACCGAGGAAGACCGCUCCCUGUCCGCAGCCUGGAUCGGCCUGGUGGGCCGCAGGGGUCCUCGCUCCAAGCAGCCCUUCAUGGUGACGUUCUUCAGGGAGAACCAGGUUCCGUGUCGACCGCCGCGGGCCAUCAAGCCCCAGCCCCGGAAGAAGAAGCACAAAUACGACCUGCCAGUACCCGUCAUCCAGAAUCGUGGUCCGGUCAACAAAGGUGAACCCUGUAAAAAACAUGAACUCUACGUCAGCUUCAGUGAUCUGGGAUGGAAG